GAAGGAACAAAAUGGGUCAUUUAUAGUAAACCAAUUUAGUGGUGUUUUCAUAUCUCCGGCAAUUUUGGAAAUGGAAAGGGAGAAUGAAGAAGCUCAUCGGAGGAAGGUUGAAGAAGCCCUAGAAGUCAAAUCCCUCCGUCGUAUCAUCAGCGCUUACCUCAAUUACCCUGAAGCUGCAGAAGAGGAUGUCAAAAGAUGGGAAAGGUCUCUUACUAAACUACCUCCACAUCAUAAGGCCCUAUUAUCUCACCUUCCUCUCAAGUUUCAGAAACUUAGAUGGUGCAUCGCUCAAAAUUCAUAUUUCAUAUUUGAGAUGCUAAAGGUGUUUGAGCCGCCGCUUGAUAUGAGCCAGGAUGUUGAUAUUUGUGAAAACCAACAUCUAGAUGAUGUGUCAGGUAGUCAUCAUCUUUCUAGAUCAAGGAACCUUUGCUUACAUGAGUCAACAUCAGCUAGUGGUGGAGUAGAUUGCCACUGCUUGGCUGAACCGAGCUGUAAAGAGACCUGCAAUGGGAAGUACUCGGCACCAACAAAAUUUAAUAAGGAGCAAGAGGUUGAUGGUUGUAAGAGUCUUCCAGACCAUGACACAUUAUAUGCUUCUGCUUGUUGCAAUGGAAAUAUAUCUUCAUCACCUCCGGACUGGUUGGACCCAUCUUUGCAGCUGCAUGUUCCAUUGGUUGAUGUGGAUAAGGUUCGUUGUAUCAUCAGAAACAUUGUAAGAGAUUGGGCGGACGAGGGUCAAAAAGAACGUGAUCAGUGUUAUAGGCCCAUUCUGGAAGAGCUUGAACGCCUAUUUCCUAAUCGAUCUAAAGAAAAUCCUCCAGCCUGUUUGGUUCCUGGCGCUGGACUUGGAAGACUUGCUUUGGAAAUUUCAUGUCUUGGUUUUGCUAGCCAGGGAAACGAGUUCUCAUACUACAUGAUGAUCUGCUCCAGUUUUAUUCUUAAUCAUACUCAAGCUGCUGGUGAAUGGACAAUUUUUCCGUGGAUACACAGCAAUUGCAAUUCACUGUCGGACAAUGAUCAGCUUCGUCCCGUCUCUGUUCCAGAUAUUCAUCCGGCUAGUGCAGGAAUUACUGAAGGAUUUUCCAUGUGUGGUGGUGAUUUUGUUGAGGUUUAUAGUGAUCCAAGUCAAGCAGGAGUUUGGGAUGCAGUUGUCACUUGUUUCUUCCUGGACACUGCCCAUAACAUUGUGGAGUAUAUUGAGAUAAUCUCAAAAGUCCUCAAAGAUGGCGGAGUCUGGAUAAACCUGGGGCCCUUGCUUUAUCAUUUUGCAGAUAUGUAUAGUCCGGAAGAUGAAAUGUCAAUUGAUCUGAGCUUGGAGGAUGUGAAACGUGUUGCUCUUCAUUAUGGAUUUGUAUUCGAGAAAGAAUCCACUAUCGAGACCACAUAUACUACAAAUUCAAGGUCAAUGAUGCAAUUUUAGGAGGCUUUGGUUGCCCUGAUAUGUCCAUUCAGGAAAAUGAUUUACUAGUGACAAAUUACAGCGGUUGGUGAUGUUAAGUCAUUAAGGAUAUGUUUUUUAGGAGCGGCCAGUGGAUGACAGUUCUAUUUUAACUGUGUAGUCCUCUGAGAGGUCAAAACGAUCCAUUACUAUGUCGGAGCGUCAGAGGGUUGCAUUACGACGUUGACUACAUGCUCAUUAAGCUCUUGGUGUACCAGCUGGUACGUCCAGUACCAGUAUAGAGUACCAUAGAAGAACAAUUCCACACUGUCUGUAUCUUUUGUUAGUCGCUGGCAGUUAGCAGUUACCUGUUUACAGAAAUAAUAGCUAGGCCUCUGGCUGGGCCUCAAUUUCAUCUAAUGGCAAUCACUAGAUCUAAAGAUGACAAGUGACGGCUUAAUAGAUAUAUCUUAGACUUCCACUUAAUUGAAUGACAUGGAGUUUCACCAA